AUGGCAGAACAACCCUUCAAGAUCGCGGUUCCCGACGCCAGCAUCGAGCUUCUGAAAAAGAAGUUAGAUCUCACAGUGUUCCCGGAUGAAUUGGAGGACGCAGGCAGAGACUACGGUGUGCCUCUUGCAGACCUUCGACGCCUUGUCGCUAGAUGGCAGCAUGGUUAUGACUGGAAGAAACACGAAGCCCAGUUGAAUGACGAACUGCCUCAGUUUACGAGAGAUAUAGAAGUAGAAGGAUUUGGGACAUUGAGUGUGCACUAUGUCCACAAGAAGAGUGACGUCGUCGAUGCUAUCCCUUUGCUGUUCGUUCAUGGAUGGCCCGGCAGCUUCUACGAAGCUAGAAAGAUCCUUCCCCGCCUCGUCGAGGCGUCUCCUGAACACCCAAGUUUUCAUGUUGUUGCCUUCAGUCUUCCCGGCUACGGAUUUUCCGAAGCUCCAAAGAAGCCAGGUUUCGAACUCACGCAAUUUGCGGAGGUCGGGAACAAGCUUAUGCUUGCGUUAGGGUAUAAUGAAUACGUCACGCAAGGCGGAGACUGGGGCGGUCUAAUUACCCGGAAAAUAGCGCAGCUUUAUGGCAAGAAGCAUAGCAAGGCUUGGCACACUAAUUUUCCUAUGGCACCUCCACCUCACCCUAUCCACCGGCCGCUGCUCCUAUUGUCGCACCUUCUGUUCAGUUACGCACCUGCAGAACAGGAAGGAUUAAAGAGAACGAUGUGGUACAGAGAUCAUGAAAUUGGCUACUUCAUGGAACAAGCUACCCAGCCGCAAACGCUUGGCUACGGUCUUACCGACUCGCCCGCCGGACUGCUGGCUUGGAUCUACGAAAAACUUGUCUCAUGGACUGAUAGCUAUCCUUGGGAAGACGAUGAAGUUCUCACAUGGGUUUCCAUCUACUGGUUUUCACGGGCUGGCCCUGCUGCCUCCCUUCGUAUCUACUACGAAGUCAACAAGGCAUACCCGACUCUGUCUACCAAGGCAGAGCUCACGGAGAUUCCUAUGGGCCACUCGUACUUCCCCAAGGAACUGAUUGUCCUUCCUAGAAGGUGGUUGAAGGCAUCAAAUCUCGUGUUUGAAUCAAGUCAUGAAACCGGAGGUCAUUUCGCCGCCCAUGAGAAACCGCAGGAACUCGUCGAUGACCUCCGGAAAAUGUUUGGAAAAGGUGGACCGACCUUCGGCGUGGUGUCUGGAAAGACUGGCUAUGCGUGA